GGCUAGAGUGUGUCAAGUGUAUAUUUUCUUGGUAACAUUUCACCUAGUUUGUAAAAUUGUUAAUUCUCACUUUUUAUUGUAUGAUAUUGCUAGUGAUUUUCCUGACAUGUUUAUCUUAUUACCACUUUGUAAUAGUUCACCCUUGGUUUAUGCAAAGUAAUGUUUCCAUUUCACUAAACUCUAUUUUUAGUCAUUUUCCCAGUCCUCAGCUUCCUAGCAACUAAUUGUAUUUCCACACUUUCCUGUUUUUAAUGAAGGGAUUGCUCUUCUCCCUACUGAAUGCUCUGUGAAGGCCCCUUGAGAUGACUUCAUUACAGAGCUGUUUCACACCACAAUAUGCCUACACAGCUGGAGAAUGCUAUGGACAUCUUGAUCAAGAUUUUUCACCAUUACUCAGGCAAAGAAGGGGACAAAUACAAACUGAAUAAAGGAGAACUGAAACUGCUCCUUACCAGUGAACUCACUGACUUCCUUUCAUGCCAAAAGGAUCCCCAGCUAGUUGAUAAAAUCAUGAAAGAUCUGGAUACCAAUAAAGACAAUGAAGUGGAUUUUAAUGAAUUUGUUGUUCUGGUUGCGGCUUUGACUGUAGCAUGUAAUGACUUCUUUGAGGAACAACUAAAGCAAAAGGAAAUUGGAAAUAAGUAAAUGAAUCACUCAGACACAAAUGUAAUUGAACCAUGCUUAAUUAGCACUCAUCAGCAUUUUGUGACUACAAUUUAUGCUGUGUUAAUGUGGUUAAAUCCUAAGGACUAGGGCUUUAGCUGGUGUAGAGCAGUAGGAUGUAGCUGACUUCAGUGGGCCCAUAUUGAUUUUCAGCAUUUGAGAAUCUAGCCCUAAGUAUCUUCCAAUAUUUAUUUUUUGCUUUCCCAUCAUGCACUUAUCUCCCUGAUGCAAGAGUUCCAGCUGACAGUUCAAGUGGCAGAGUUUCAAAGUUUUCACCCUCACUCACCUUUUUUUCAUUUGCCUUCUUCCCUCUCCUACCUCUAGAGUGCUGCUUUUCUGACUUUUAGAGCCGUUCACAUUUUUCAAACAAAAAUGUUCCUGAUGAAAUAUGGAUUAUUUUUUAAAAAUGAUAUUUUUAGAGGGUGUGGGAAUUUCAUUUGACAUAAUUUUUGAAUGGGAACAUUUGAAAUGAAAUGCAAUGAAAACUUCAUUUAGUUUUGAACUGAGUUUUUAAUAUAAUUUUGAAGUGUUGUGUUGAAAAAUCCAAUUUUUGACAGGCAAAAUAGGAUGAUUUUUUGACCAGUUCUGCUCAGUUUUGGCCACUUUUUUCUGUUUUCAUUUCUCAAGCCCUUCCUUCACUUGCACUGAUAGGCUGCAAUCUUGCCUUUCUCCCAUCUAUGUGCACAGAAUGCAUGGCUUCCAUUAGCUUCUCAACCUCUCCCAGCUUAAUUUCUAUUGAAUUCAUGCCACUGUAGUCAACGCCUUCCCUCAGCAUAAAAGAAUCCAUUCAUAGGAUACAUGAUUUGAAUAAAUGAGUAGAGGACUUUGUCAGCUGAUUGCUUAUAGGAUGUGUGGAAGAAGUAGACCUUCAGGGUAGAUGUGACACCGUGAUAGGAUUCUCUUUUCUUUGUGUUGCCUCAUUAAAUGGGAGGAGUCUUUGCAAGCCUAUUGAAGGAGUUGUGGCAAGAGGAUCUUGCCAGGUGGCAGAGACUCUGUUUUUCCUCUCACAGAAACUUUACGUGUGCUUGUUCAUUGUUUGUCAGUCUACAAUAAAAGGCAUUUAGCUUGGAACUGCA